AUGAAGGGUUUUAUCAUAGCACCAGAUUCAAUUGUAGUGCUCAUCAAACAAUUCCGCAACCCUCGACCCGAAGGACCCCUCCACUAUACGAAAGGAAGUCCUCGCGCCGUACGAUUACAAGUGGGGAGAGGGUUGAAUCUAGAAACAACAACAGCAGCAACAGUACACUCAUUAAUAUCUCCCAACUCUGCAAACGAUCAAAACUCCAUACCAUAUAUCGACCUAGUUUCCCAUCUAGCUCUGCUCUCCAUGACGUGCACAGAAAACAAAUCACAACUAUCGCGGUGA